AAAUAACGUUACAAUCAUAACCCACGUAAGCAAGAAGGUUAAAAAGAAAAAGUGUGAACCAGUAAAAGGUCGAGAAGAAGCUCAAUGAGUGAAGGACUGAAAGUGUGGAGGGGAGGAACAAUGGCGAGGAGUCCUGACUUUAUCUCUGCGAUUAAUCUCCUGCUACUACUACUACUUCUCCCUUUAUUCGCAGUACUCUGCAGGGGAAGCACAAUAGGAAUCUGCUAUGGGAGAAAUGCUGAUGACCUACCCACCCCUGAUAAAGUGGCCCAACUUGUUCAACUACACAAUAUUAAAUAUUUAAGGACCUAUGAUUCAAAUAUUCAAGUUCUCAAGGCCUUUGCCAACACUGGAGUGGAGCUCAUGAUUGGAGUUUCAAAUUUAGACUUAUUGCCAUUCUCCCAGUUCCAAUCCAAUGUAGAUACAUGGUUAAAGAACAGCAUCAUCCCUUAUUACCCUGCCACGAAGAUUACAUACAUAACUGUAGGUGCUGAAGUCACUGAAAGCCCUACAAAUAUUUCUGCCCUUGUUGUACCUGCUAUGCACAAUGUCCUUGCCGCUCUCAGAAAAGCUGGUCUGCAUAAGAAGAUUAAAGUUUCCAGUACUCAUUCACUUGGGGUCUUAUCUAGAUCAUUCCCUCCAUCAGCUGGGGCUUUUAAUAGCAGCCUUGCCUUCUUCCUGAAACCUAUGCUGGAAUUUCUUGCUGAGAAUCAGUCCCCAUUCAUGGUUGACAUUUAUCCUUACUAUGCUUAUAGGGACUCUCCAAAUAAUGUUUCUCUGGAUUAUGCUCUGUUUGAGUCAUCAUCAGAAGUUAUUGAUCCAGACACUGGUUUGAUUUACACAAACAUGUUUGAUGCUCAGAUAGAUGCUCUCUAUUUUGCACUGAUGGCACUAAAUUUCAAAACGAUAAAAAUCAUGGUUACUGAGACAGGGUGGCCUUCAAAAGGAUCAGCUCAGGAGAAAGCUGCAACUCCCGAUAAUGCCCAGAAAUAUAACAACAAUCUUAUUCGCCAUGCUAUCAAUAAUACGGGAACUCCAGCAAAGCCUGGAGAGGAGCUUGAUGUCUAUAUAUUUUCAUUGUUCAAUGAGAAUAGAAAACCUGGAUUGGAAUCUGAGAGGAACUGGGGCUUAUUUUACCCUGACCAGACAAGCAUCUAUAACCUGGAUUUUACUGGAAGAGGGGCUGUAGACAUGACUACGGAGGCAAACAUUACAAGCUCUAAUGGAACCUGGUGUAUUGCUUCAUCUACUGCUUCAGAGCUGGACUUGCAGAGUGCUUUAGAUUGGGCUUGUGGUGCUGGGAAUGUGGAUUGCUCGGCUAUACAGCCUAGCCAGCCGUGUUAUCAGCCUGAUACAUUACUUUCCCAUGCGUCAUAUGCCUUCAACAGUUAUUACCAGCAAAAUGGAGCUACUGACAUUUCUUGCAGUUUUGGAGGUACAGGGGUGAAAACUAAUAAGAACCCAAGUAAGUUUGGUGCAGAUCCAACAUUUCUUUUGUUACACAUAUAGUCAAACCUAGCCUCUCUAGAAAACUUCAUUAACACUAACUACAAUUAGUGAUUGAUGUCCAUCAUUCAUGAGCAAACCGUACGGUCUGAUUCUGAGCCACUCUCUUGUUUUCAUUCAUGGAAGCUGAUCAAAUAUACUUGAUCAUGGUAGCAGUAUCAGUUUUUUACUGGACUACCUCCUGGCCCUCGGAUUUAUAUGGGCCAAGUCAAUCUAUUGUCUGACCUUGGGAUUCUCACCCUCUGGUGCGUCCUUUUUCUUGUUUGACAUUCUUAACUGGAGUCUACUGUUUCUAUAGUGUUUUCUUACUGGAAAACGAAAUCGUUUUACAUGUGGUUGAAAUAUAGUCUACAUUACUCAUUCAUUGAUUGUCAAACCUGGUACAGAUUGAAGCUCAAUCGAUGUGAUUUUGAACCUUUUAUUGUUUGACAUUUUACUGGCUUCUUAUGAUGUUGUUAACUGUAUCUUACUCUUAAGAGGAUUAUCAUAUAGCAUAAAAGUUGAAAGGAAAGCCAUCUAUUUUGCAUUAUUUUUCCUCUAAUUAUCUUGUAAAAUGUUUAGUUCUUUCUUCAUCAUUUAAUUGAACAUAUUAGGUCUUUGAUACCAUUGAUUCCAGUUGGAGAGGUUUAAUGGUGGCCUUGUGCAUGUUUGUCUUGUCAAACAUUAUUAUAAUUUAUUUUACUUGAUUGCGU